CUUUGGUGUAAUAGUCACGUGACAGUGUACAAAAUACGACUGAGCGCGAUGGCGGACGACAAAAAUAAGCACAAACUGAUGGAUGAUGAGUAUGGCCAUCGACAGUAUGUUCCUCAACCUCUGUGUGGCAGAACAACAUUCAGUUGUAACAAAUUACUACUCUUCUUGUAUCAGUUACUGUAUCUGUUUGUGGGGCUUGGACUGUUUGUGCUGGGUGUGUUCACCGAGUUAGAACGACAGAACCAUGUACUUGUAACAUUACUGUUUGGUGUUACAUUUGUGUUACAGUUUGUGGGGCUCGGACUGUUUGUGCUGGGUGUGUUCACCGAGUUAGAACGACAGAACCAUCAACACCUCAACAAUUCUCUCUCCCUGCCCGUAGCCCUCGUCAUGUUCGUUGGACUCUUCAUUGCCAUCAACGCAGUUGGUGGCAUUUACGGCACAUGGAAGGAAAAUUCGCUCCUCCUCAAACUUUUCCUGUCCUUUACAGUGAUAGCAUUCCUUGUACAGGUAGCCAUUGGAGUUCUGGCUUACAUCUAUAAACGCAAG